AUGCCUCGGGUUGAAGAGACGCUGUCUGCAACUACUCCUUCACCUACGUCACAACUGCCAUGUCAGGGUCAAUGCCCUGGGCUGAAGUAUACGCUGGCCAGCUAUAUCUCUCUCCGGUGUCCCCGGGUUCCAGGUCGUCGUGUAACGCUUAUGACGUAUGCAUCCUUCGUGGGUUGGGAACCGAUUUUGUUGAUGGAGUUACUGACUGGAAUUUUUGUCUAUAUAAACUGCUUGAUGAUAUUCACAUUUAUGAAAAAGGAGACAUUUAGGGAAGAAACUCGAUAUGUUUUGUUUGCACAGACACUGAUUGUGGAUACUGCACUAAUUUUUUUCUCUACUAUGCUUGGUGUUUUAAGUUAUUUUCAGUACACUGUGCAUAUGGUUGUUUGUACUUUCUUGUUCUUAAUACAGACUUUUUUUACCUGUUGUACACCUCUGACUUUGGUGGCGAUGUGUCUGGAACGCUAUGUGGCAAUUUGCAUGCCUUUGAGACAUGCUGAUAUCUCCACAAGUAGGACCAGAUUAUAUGGACUUAUUACCAUAUGGACUAUCAGCUGUAUAAUUCCAGUGUUCAGUGUUAUAGCAUUUUGGGCAGUAGCUCCACCUGCUGCUCUUUUCUCCUACGUAGUGUGUAAUGCAGAAGUCAUGAUAAUUGAAGAGUGGCAAGCACACGGUCGGGCUGUAAUUUUCAUUAACCUUUUCCUUUUUGCAGUCAUAAUCAUUGUGUUUACCUACAUUAAGAUAAUGAUUGCAGCCAGAGCUGCUUCAUCUGAGAAAAAGAAAUCAACCAAUAAGAGUCUCAGAACUGUACUUCUUCAUGGUGUUCAGCUCUUUCUGUGCAUGAUACAGUUUUUUAACCCAUAUAUAGAAAUGGCACUUUACAAAGUUGAUGAAGCGACACUUAGACAUGUAAGAUAUAGCAAUUUUAUUGUUUUUUUGUUUUUACCACGUAGUCUAAGUCCAUUGGUUUAUGGUGUCAGAGAUGAAAAGUUUUUCCUUGUUUUUAGACAUUAUGCCUUGUGUGGAACUGACCACUUUUUCUUAAAAUUGUUUGAAAUCAAACAUUUGAAAGUCAAACCAGUUUAA